CAAUCUGAAGUAUUUGUAUAACAAACAUGGUUGUGUUUGGUUUGAUAAGAAAACUAAAAUUUCCUAAAACAAAGUUUAAAUUCUGUCGCACAUGAAUAUGACCUUGAUGGUUUGAGUUUAGACGUGCGUCUAAGCUCGUAGAGAUCAUUCGUUCUAUGGACAAGAGGACAGAAAGCACGUAGAUCUUAUAUUACCCGACCUCGUUCGCGAGCGAUUAGCGAUGGCUGCUUGACACAUGGUGUGACCCCCACGAACGUGCGAAAGCUUAGGCUUAGCACAAGACAACUUUUAUAAUAAUCAUGGCGUUUUAUCCCCAAUUCAUCGAGGCCUUGGCCACCAUUUCACAAAUUUCACUAGAAAUAUCCCAGUUUAGUGUUUACUCAAUCACUGAAGAUGGACAUGGACGUUCUAGAGAUGGAGCAGUUCCCAUUGUUCGAGGAUUUGGCGAUGCUGGACGAUGGGUCCAGCAUCUCGCUGGAGUAUGAGGACAAUGCGGGAAAGUAUUUCCCUGGUCACGACUCGGCUCCCAAACUGGUCAUAGACCAGGCCGGCAAGGAAGUGCUAGAUGACCUGCUCCGCUUAAGUCAGGAUGAUCCUCUGGAUCUUGACUGGAUGGAGUCCGGGAGUCUUGAGCAGUUCCUUGAGGGCAUGGGAGCAGACCAGGACAACAUGCCAGCGACGCAAGAGGUUGUGACGGUUUCCGAUUCAAUUGUUGUGAUGAAAGACACGAACGUAAACCACAGUGUUCUCCACGAUUUGCUCACACAGCCCAUCACGAUAAAACAAUCUCCACCGGUAAAAGUGAGUCCAAAACCAGUGGUACCAAAAGACUUGUCACAAAUUGAUAUUCUGGAAGACAAUAUUCAGUUGGAUUCCCUACAGUGCUUCAUCGCGAGUCCUAGCGGUGAUGUAUUGGAGGUGCCGUCUGAAAUCUCAUUUGACAGCAAUUCUAGUCUAAGCAAAUCCACGUCACAAGAUGGCCUACUUGAUGUUGGUAAUGUUGAUCAACUGGUUACCUCUCUCUCUGCUGAAGAAGUAGAAAGUUUAUUGUCUGGAUCAGAACCUUCUUCGCCGCGUAGCUCGAGUGAUGGGACCGACCCAGAUUUCUCUCCCGAACAGAGCGACGACGAGGAUUUCACGCUGAAAUCGUGUGGCGGAGGGAAACAAAAAGGAAAGAAACGAAGAUCUGGCCCUUACAAUACCAAACCAGCAGACAGGAAGGACAGGAAACGCGAUCAGAACAAAAACGCUGCGAUUCGAUAUCGCAACAAAAAGCGAGAGGAAGCGGAACAUCGAGCAGAGGAGGAGGAGAAACUUUCGAGGAAGAACAAAGACCUUCAUGAUAAAGUUGAUCAAUUAAACCGCGAGAUUAAAUACAUGAAAGACCUAAUUUCAGAAGUUUGCAAAGCUAAAGGAUUAAAAGUUACAUUUAAAACCAAGUCGUCGUGAAUUGCCUUUUUUUCAUGUACCAGGGAUUGUUUGUCUAAAUCUUCAUGCAUUGUACAUUUUCAUCAUUAAAAGAAAAUUGAAAUUUGA